GCUUGUUAGUCAACCCUCAAAAGCAUAUAAACUGAGCUCAUCACCAUUGUAGAGGGUAAAAGAAUGAUGGGAAGUUAUAAUCCUUUGUGCCUUCUCAUACUUGUAGUGCUUUCAUUUGAGUUCUGGGCUGUUGCCACGGCCAGUUCCUUCGAUUUCUAUUAUUUCGUGCAGCAGUGGCCAGGAUCCUACUGUGGUACAAGAAGAGGAUGUUGUAAUCCUCUCACUGGGAAACCUGCAUCGGAUUUUUCCAUUCAUGGCUUAUGGCCAAAUUAUAAGACUGGAAAAUGGCCCCAGUUUUGCAAUCCUUCUGAUGAGUUUGACUUCUCAGAGAUCUCGGAUUUGGUGGGGGAGUUGAAUAGUUAUUGGGGAUCGCUGAGCUGCCCAAGUAGUGAUGGGCAUACAUUUUGGGGCCACGAGUGGGAGAAGCAUGGCACUUGCUCUCUCAAUCUGAACCAGCAUGACUAUUUCCAAAAGGCUCUUUCUUUGCGACGCAAGAUUGAUCUUCUCACUGCCCUUAAAUCUGCAGGUAUUAGACCGGAUGGAGGAGAAUACAGGGUGAGUGAUAUAAAAAAAGCGAUUCGGAAUGCUCUUGGCGAGGAUGUAGGAGUGGAUUGUAACAGAAGCGAGGAGGGCGAGUAUCAACUGAAUGAGAUAUACGUUUGCGUUGAUAAAUUUGACGCUUCCACAGUUAUCAAAUGCCCUGUUUACCCACACAGCAAGUGCCCUUCUACUGUUAAAUUUCCUCUUUUCGGAGACGAGGAAGAGAUUGCAUCUUCUUCAGAUCAGACAACUGGGCCAGACAAAUGGUAGGUUGAAGACGUCCACUAAAAACAGAAAUACGAAUCUAGGCCUGCUCUGGAUCAGGUUUCAUCUACAAUUUAGUACCUAUAUGAUUUGUCUCUACACCAAUAUGUCUUCUACCACCACCAUAAUCUUCGGUAUUUGUUGUUUUAUUGUACCUUAUUUGGGGUGCUGUUGAAAUGCACCUUAGGAUUUUGUUGUAUUGAAAGAGAAGGUUUAUGAUUUCUUAAGAAAUAGUCCAAAUCCAUUUGGCAACCCAAAAAAUAAUAAUUAUUGAAGACAUAUCAUACAAACAAUGCAGUUGUGUUUAUGAUGUUGAUGUAAGGGUGCAUUUUGUAAUUUAAUUCUAGUUAGUAGAUGCUUUAUGAUUUUGUUUCA